AAUCCAACCAAUGAAUUAAAAAUUUUUUAAUUUUAAUCCAAAUGGCCUCUAUCGUGGACGUUAGUGAACGAAAAAUUCGUCCGAUAUAUGAGGCAAUUGAAAUUUCAAAUUAUAAGUCUGCUUUGUCACAAUGUAAUAAAUUAUUAAAAAAACAGCCUGAAGCUCUUAUAUUAAAGGCUCUAAAAGGUUUGAUACUAGAAAGAACUGGAAAAUCUGAGGAAGCAUUGCAAUUAUGUUCACAAGUUAAAGAAAAGAAACCAUCAGACGAACCUAUAUUACAAGCUCUUACCAUGGUUUAUCGAUCAUUAGGAAAACUCGAUGAAGUUAUUCAAAUAUAUGAAAAUGCUGUACGUCAAAGUCCUAAUAACGAAGAACUUGCUAAUCAUUGGUUUAUGGCUUUGGUUCGAAAUCAUGAUUAUAAAGGGCAACAACAGGCUGGCUUAAAAUUACACAAAUCAUUUAAAGUUAAUAAGUACUUAUUUUGGUCUAUCAUGAGUUUGGUGUUACAGGCAGAAAAUGCUCCUGAAUCACAAUCGACAAUUUUUAUAUCAUUAGCUGAACGUAUGAUGGUCAAAGCAGUAAAUGAAGGAAGAAUGAGAACCACUGAAGAGGUUCAUCUUUAUAUGAUCAUUUUAUUGAAACAAAAUAAAACCAAGGAAGCUCUGGAAGUUUUAGAAAGUUUGAAAGAUGAUCUCGUUCAAAAAUGUGAAAAUGACACCGAGAUGAUUCAUAUUCGAAACGAUUUGCUUCUGAAGACUGAUAAUUGGACAAAAGCAAUUGAUGCAAGCAAAUCAUCCUUAGAAGUGAAUGUAGAUGAUUGGAAAGCAUAUUUAAUUUAUAUAGAUUCUCUUUUUCAUAUAAUUGAUUCUAAUGAAAAGGAUGAAAAAGAUGAAAAAGGUGAAAAGGAUGAAAAAGAUGAAAAAGAUAAAAAGGAUGAAAAAGGUGAAAAAGAUGAAAAGGAUGAAAAGGAUGAAAAUGGAGAAAGUUUGAAUAAGAAGCUGAAUUUGGAUGCUGCUCGUGAAUUUUUGUAUUCUUUACAAAAAAAGGAAUCAGAAUCAAACGAUGUCAAACGAGGGCCAUUCCUUGCAGAGUUAGAAUUAGAAAAGCGUGUUAUUUCGGGAAAAAAAGAAAGUAAGCCGGCAAAAGAAAUGGAAACAUUGACGAUUGAAUAUGCUCGGAGGUUUGGAGAUAAGUCGAGUUGUUUUGAAGAUUUGAAACCUUAUUUGAAAGAUUUUUCAUUGGAAACCUCGAAGAAGUUCAUCGAGGAAUUUAAGGCUUCAAUUGAUAAUAAUUGUGAGGAUGAAAAGUCAAAGAUUCGAAAUGUUCAAAAAAAUGUUAAUGCCUAUAAGUUAGAAAGAUAUCUUGGACUAUUGUCAGACAUUAACGAAAGUGAUGCGAUGGCAUAUGUUGAUAAGUUAUGGCAAUCAUACAAUGAUGCUCUUCAGUACGGUUCGAAAUUGCUGGAUACUGAAAAUCAAUAUGGCGAUGAAUUUGUCAUCCUGGCAUCUCAUAUUCUUAUCGAUCUACAUAAUAGAAAAGAUCAAAAUUCUUUUCUGUUUUAUGCAAUUUUCCUAUUGGACAAGGCUUUGCAUAAAAGCAAAUAUAAUUUUCAAUUUAAACUACUACUAAUUCGAUUAUAUCAAGCUCUUGGAAUUAUUUUGGAACCUCUUGAAUUGUAUAAGUCUAUGGAUAUAAAGCAUGUACAACUAGACACUAUGAGCCAUUACAUUUGUGCGCGGUCAUCAUCUUUUGCAAUUUAUGAAGACGUGACUCAAGCAUGUUAUGAUACUCUUCCUAUUUAUCGCAGCAACGAUGUAGAGACACCAGAAAUGAUAGUUCAAGCGUAUAAAUAUGCUACCUUUAGUAAGAUACAAGAAUUUAUUCAGUUUCGAAAAGAAUUGGAUAAUUCUCAACAAAAAGUCCUUAUAGAUAGAGAAAUAAUACGUCUUGAGUUUCUGAGCGUAUCAAAAGAUUUCAAGGGUGCAAUUGAGUAUCUUGAGAGAGAAAUAGAUAUUUCUGAUCUCAAUUAUGAUGAUUCUUUUUGUAAAUCUCUAUAUGAUAAUAGGGAUUUUGUAGUAAUGAAUAAUUAUAAUUCUUCAAAAAAUAAAACUAUCGAAGAAGAUACAAGGGUGUCCCCGAAACUUGAUAAUACUUGGUUGAAAAUAUUCUCUAUCAUUCCACAAAUUUUCAAGCUUAUGCAUACUAAUAAUAAUGUCGAUAGUUUAAUACCAUUGAUUGAAGAAUUAGAGAAAUCGGUUAAGUUAGAGAAUAAGGAAGGAUUAGGGAUUACCUUAGAGGAAAGAUAUAUAGGAAAGACAGUAGUAAGCUUAGGUAGAUUAUACAUUGCAUUUAAAGAAGUUCAAGGGGGUCAGAAAGAGUCUGUUGAAAAACUAUCAAAAAUUAUCGAUGAAAUAAUUUCUGAAUUAAAAGAUAAAUCUACGAAGGAAUUUUCUGAAGUUAAAUUACAGGAAUUAUCCUGGAAGCAUAUGCAUCGAUUUUCGACUUUCAUAGAGACUUGUAAUUAUAUUAUUGUUGUAAAUAAAAUUGUAAAUGAAACGAUAAAUGUUAAAAAUAAGAAGUCUGGAAAUAAGGAAUUGGCCCAAAUGUUACAAGUUUUGUCGACAUCUGUAAAAGAAAAUCUUGAAUCAACGAAAAAGCAAUUGAGUGAUUUAAAUGAAAGAAUAAAGGAUGGAAAAGAAAAUCUUUUCUCGUGUAUUAAAUCUGAAAAUAAUAUAGAAUUUUGUAAAGAUAAUGAAAAUUUAUCAUUUAUUAAUGCAAUUUUAACUGAUAAGGUAAGUUUAAGCUGGCAAUCAAGUAUUGAAAGUAUGAUCCAAGCAAUUGGAUUUAGGAUUUAGAAUAUAAAUAGCAGAUUAAAUUAUUUAUUUAUAAGCACUUGUUUAGAUCCUUUUAAUAAAAGAAAAAAAA